AUGUUUUCAAUUAGCGCCUUAAUUGGAAUCAUCCCAUUAUUUAUUGUUCGCGUUCUGAACCGAAAACGAAACGACGAGCCAAGCAGAUUUUUGUCGUAUUUGGCGUGUUUCGCCGGCGGCACCUUCCUCGCAACGUGCUUUUUGGAUAUUAUUCCGCAUAUCAAUGAAGGCUAUGAGACCUUUUUGUCAUUAUAUGAGUUGUCGUGGCAUUUUGCCUACCCUCAACUUAUCACAUGUUGCGGGUUUUUCUUCAUUUUCUUCAUUGAGGAGUUCACAAAUCAGGUGUUCGGCCAACAAUCGCAUGGGCAUUCUCAUGGCAAUUCUUCGAACAGCUCCAAUCGAAUUGCCCCAAUUCCUCCGAAUGAUCGAAGGGGCAGCUUAAAUAUUACCAGCCUUAAAAUGGAAGAAGCCUCAACUUGGGUGGUUUCCGAUGAGAAGAGCAACAUUCUCAAAUCGCUCACAUUCGCUGUUGCCAUGUCAUUUCAUUCUCUGCUUGAAGGAUUCGCUCUUGGUGUUCAGGAUUCUACUCGCCGCAUUUACUCGUUGUUCUUUUCAUUGCUUCUUCACAAAUCUGUCGAGGCAUUUUCGGUGGGCCUUCAAAUCUCGAUGGCAAAUUCCAAUAAGAUUCGAUCGGUGUUCAUCACAAUUCUCAUUUAUAGUGCAAUGGCGCCAUUUGGAGCGAUUAUGGGCUGCAUACUUCAGAAAUCCGAGCCAAACAUUUACAAAGAUUCAACUAUCAUUAUUCUAGAAUCCCUAGCUGCUGGAACAUUCAUUUACGUCACAUUCAUCGAGAUAAUGGCAUCCGAGAAAAGCAACGAAUUCAAUCAUUUCAAACAGCUGAUUUGGAUAAUCUUCGGUUUCACUCUCGUUACUGUCAUGCAGAUAUUUUUAGGACACGAACACGGAGGGGAUGAUGAUCAUCACCAUCAUCAUCAUCACAAUGAAACCCAUCAUCAUUAA